AAAGUAAAAUAUAGUACUUAGUUUUUUUUCUUUCAUUUCAUGCCUAUUGGUGUUCCAAAAGUUCCUUUUCGGAGUCCUGGAGAGGAAGAUGCAUCUUGGGUUGACGUAUACAACCGACUUUAUCGAGAAAGAUUACUUUUUUUAGGCCAAGAAGUUGAUAGCGAGAUAUCGAAUCAACUUAUUGGUCUUAUGGUAUAUCUCAGUAUCGAGGAUAAUACCAAGGAUCUGUAUUUGUUUAUAAACUCUCCUGGCGGAUGGGUAAUACCUGGAGUCGCUAUUUAUGAUACUAUGCAAUUUGUACAACCAGAUGUCCAUACAAUAUGCAUGGGAUUAGCUGCUUCAAUGGGAUCUUUUAUCUUGGUUGGAGGAGAAAUUACCAAACGUCUAGCAUUCCCUCACGCUUGGCGCCAAUGAGGUUUUUUUGAGAAAAAAAGGACUAUGCCUUCGCCAUAUGAAAUAUGAAUAUUAAGUAAAAAUAGCAUGGCACUUCGAAUUCGAUAUGAGAAAAUUUUUUAUUGUUUUUUCAAAACAUUAGAUUAUAUAUCGAGAGAGUAGUAUGAGAUAAAGGGUAUUUCCGAUUUUAGCUUAUCUAUCGGGAGUCCCAUUCAGCGUCACAAACUUUUUUUUUCAUACCAUAAAUAUUGUUAAGAGCUCUAUGGUAUGAAAGAGUGCGAAAAAAAAUCUUUUUUCUUGACUUUUUUUUUAUUUGAUCGGAUU